AUGAAAAGUGCCAUCAGGACAGAAGAGGGUGUCGAUGCAAUUGCGAUCUACAGAAAUUUCUGGCUAUUCUUGGAUAAAUCGAUGCGACAUAAAUCGAAGACGAACAAGGACAAAUACGGCAAGGACGAAGACAACAUAAAACGAAAGCAUAAGAAUUCCACCGAAUCUGAAAUCUCAAACAUUCUUUCCGGAAAGUACAUUCCAGAAAUGGUCGUCUCCAUGCAAGCAGAAAAACCACGAGCUGAGGAGCAAUGCACCGACGAUGAAGACGCCGAGAUCCAGGACGUUGAGCUGCUACAAAACCAUGGAAUAAACAUGGCAGAUAUCAAAAAACUACAAUCUGUUGGAAUUUGUACUGUAAAAGGAGUAAUGAUGACAACGAAGAAGCGUUUAGCUGAAGUGAAAGGUCUCUCAGAAGCUAAAGUGGAUAAAAUCAAGGAAGCAGCAUGUAAAAUUAUGAAGAAUGGCUUCAUUACGGCACUAGAAGUGUGCACAAGGCGUAAGCAGUGUUUCAAAAUAUCAACUGGAAGUUUGGAGUUCGACAAGCUACUUGGAGGAGGUAUUGAAAGUCAAAGCAUCACCGAAGUGUUCGGAGAGUUCCGUACUGGAAAAACUCAGCUCCACCUGUCAAUUACCAAAUGGCAACUAUCGUGGUGGAAAAUUUUUUGCACUUUUAGAGUUGAUUACUCCGGUCGAGGUGAGCUGGCUGAGCGGCAACAGAAGCUGGCUCAAAUGAUGAGCAGGCUUCAAAAGAUAGCUGAAGAAUACAAUGUGGCCAUAUUCAUUAGCAAUCAAAUGACAGCCGAUCCGGGUGCCGGCAUGACAUUCCAGGCAGAUCCGAAGAAACCUAUCGGUGGUCACAUUUUGGCACACGCGUCCACAACUCGUAUUAUGCUAAAGAAGGGACGCGGUGAGACUCGUAUAGCUAAGAUUUAUGAUAGUCCGGACAUGCCUGAAAACGAAGCCACAUUCGCUAUUUCGAACGGAGGAAUUGUUGAUGCGAAGGAAUCGCUCAUCCGUUUCGCUUUUGGCUGCGAUUAA